UCCCAGCGCCUGCACAUCGCUUUCAUGCUUGCAGUGCCGCAUGUAUGCAUGUCAGAUCGUCGUGUGUAUGAGACUUGGAAACAUGAUGCAGGGGGAGGGGCGACCACCACAUGCAGAGAUGCUGAGGAAAUAGACGAGGAGGAGAGAGCACGGUAGUACUGUGAGGAGACAUCAGCAUCAACCACAAAGAGGAGGAGGAGGAGAUCUGCUGGAGGUGCGCAGCAGUUGUUGAUUUUCACUGUAGCCACGGCAGCUGCCACCAUGGGCUGCUGGCUCUCUGGACCGUGGGUGGGUGAUCCAGCGUUGACUGGCGGGCGGAGCCUAGCGCACCUGAGCCAGCGUGAUGCCCUGCGCAUUCUGGCUGCAAGUCAGCUUCCUGUCACAAUGCAGGUCAAGAGUCAGAGGAGCCGCGGUUCUGACUCAGACAGGGGAGCCUGGGAGCCCCUGCCCCUCAACCUGCAGCACCUCAACUUGCCUCUCCCAAUGAUGGGGGCAGGCCUUAAUGCCCCAAGCCCCUCCUAUCAGGACAGGCAUUAUUACAGCCACCUGUCUCUGCCACAAGAUCACUGCGACGGAGGACACUACGGCUACCUUUCCAGCUCCCCAAGAGACACCGUGGAUAUCAGCCACCAGGAUGCAGAAGUGAGCGGCCAUCGAGCCAAGGACCAAAGCUGCCUGAUGGGAUGUUGCAACGUCAACCUGGAUGAGCCUAAAGGCUAUCACAGCCAGACGGAUGAUGAUGACUUCAUGCUGGAAAAGCCUCUGGGUUUCCUGCCCCUCCACCACGAGCUGGACAGCGGUCUUGGCUGGACGGAUGGUUCCCUCCACCAGGGCGACCUCUCAGGCCUGGAGACUGAAGAGGCGGGCCUAGAGGACUGCCAUCCCCACGGGGCCCUUGGCCCUGGGGGCUGUGGGGCCUUUGGAGGUGGUGGCUCCCCGUCCUCAGAGUCAUUCAUCUCAUCAGAGCUCAGCGAUUCAGGCUUCUACAGCGUCAGCACUGGGGAGUUCCGGCACUUCCAGAGGAUGCUGGAGAAGCGGAUGCGGCUGUACAACGCUCGGCUACAGCAUCAGGGGGAGACAUGCGAGAGAAGGGAGCGGCGCGACAGCUGCCCCAUGAGCCACCGCGAGCUGCUGGAGGCCAUCCCGGAGACGCUGAGCAUGCAGCCACCGUGUCAGCGCAUGCAGCUGGGGAUGGAAGAGGCCGCCGGGGCAGUUUUGGACCUCCCAACCCGAGGACUUUUCAGGGUGUCGUCGGUCCAGUUUCAUAAAGCAGAUCGGCCCUGUCUGAACCGUCACAGCUCAAGCAGCGGAGCCCUCUUUAACCCCUCCCACGCGCACACAAUGGUGUCAAGAGUGAGCGGCCCUGUCCUGUCCACCUGCAGUACCCCCUCCAGCCACCGAAGGCCGCUAGCGCCCAUGCAGCAGCACCAUCAGGGCUCCAGCUCAGUGGGCAUGCUGAGGAGAAGCCGUACGCUGCACCAUCGUCCUCCACCACAGGAGUACCGACGCCGGGCCAGCCACCCGGCGUCCCCCUCCUACUGCGCAGCCACCCUGCACCACUGUGGAGGGGUCACACCCCAUGGCGUCUUUCAACCAGGUCUGCCAGAAGAGACCGAGCUGGUGGCAGACAUGAUGGCUUCCCACCCAGCAGAUGUAGGCCUGUCCACGCAGCAGCACCCCAGCACUCUGGGCCAUAUCAGGGGUCCCUGCUACAACAGCAACCCGAACGGCCAGCUCGUCCACCACGACUGGUGGCACGCGCAACAAAGGAGCUUGAUCCCAGAUCCCCUGGUGGCAGAACGAGACAAAGAUAUGGAGAGGGAACUGGACCAGAACAGGCAAAUGGAGAAGAGUCUGGAGAUGGAGGUGCAGAUGCAGGAGGAAAUGGACCGAGAGAGACAGCAGGAGAUGCAAAUGAGCCGAGUCAGAGAGCAACAGCACCUCCAGAGCAUGGUCCACCCUGCCCAGCCAGGCGACGUCAAUGAUACAUGGCCCAAACCAGCCAGCCGCCAGUCUCUGGGUGGCGGAGGAGGUCGAGGCCUUUACAGCACCCUGGAGGGCCACACAGGGACCAGCUCUGCUGGUCUGGACAAAAAGAAAGAACAAUUGGAUGCGCAGCCAAGCCCUAACCCCUCUUCGGGUCUACACUCCAAACUUAACCCUUGCUCCAAAACCAACAUGACUUCUCGGAUCUCCAGGAGCCAGUUCCUGAAGGACCGGGCCUCGCAGCUUGCUGACGAGCGCAGCGGGAUGAGCACGGAUGAUGAGACCAACACGGACAUGCUUUUGGGUCGCUACUGGAGCCGAACAGAGAGGAGGGAACACUUCUUGCUGGCCCGCGAGCAGAAGCAGCAGCAGGCUAGAGGAGGGGCGGUACGUGAGGCUUCCAGCAGGGGCGGCAUCUCUGUGGCGGAACGAGGUGGGCCGGACGGUCGAGUGAGUUGUGCUUCCACAGAAGGGCGAUGCAGUACGGUCCUAGAGCUGAGUCAGAGGAAGCUGAGUCGGCUGAGGAAUCGGAAGAUGUUGGACGACUGGACAACAGUGGAGGAGUUGCUGACUCAUGGGACCAGGCUGGACAGCCAGGACCACCCGAUGCUUUGUCCCAGCCCCCUGCUGACAGUCACCACCGUCUAACUGCAUGGACGCACACUUCACCAUUGCAGGUCCAGUGCAGACAGAACACAUCAGUGUCAUCUCUGUGCGACUGGUGCAAACGUUGUCAAAGGCAUGACCCCUGGAAGCAUGCGGAGCAAAGAUAUUUCUGUCAAAGUACAAACCCUUUCUCACCUUUUCACACUUAUUUCAUGACUUAUCCUUGACUGGAGGUUAGAUUGUGUUUUCCCAACAUCUGGUGUCGCUUUUAAGCCCUUUUUAUGGGUCCAAAACACACAACACAUGUGCACCUUUACUAUCCACCCUUUUGUCUGUUGACCGAAACCCGCUAUUUAGGCGUUUCAGUCCUGUGCACCAGAAACGUGCACAAACAUUAUUAGGAAGCCUCUUUUACACUGUCGACCCGGCUUUGGAGGAACUGUUAGAGCUGUAACAGGUGGGCCUGUGUGUAAGGGAAUGCCCGAAAGACGGGACACGGAUGUGGAGUUUAACACAGAGACUCACAUCUCCUUCCCUUUUGUGUUGAAAGCAAUUGUCGCCAGACGUGAGACAAGUAUUUUAUACAUCACACCAGACGCCUGUGGCUUACAGAUAUCCUCAAAGUUUUAUAAUCAUGAGACAAAUGAUCAAUGAAUUAUGGACAAUCAUUUGCUAAGCCGGGAGGGUGUUUUAGUCGAGUGUGUUGAGCUGUGUGAGAAAUUUUAAAUCAUUGUGAUUUGUAGGGGUGAUUUUGGGGUUUAAUAACAGCGCCACCAUGUGGUGUAGUUGUAAGAAAAAUGAUAAACCAGGCAACACAAUAGGGUGCGUGCCGUGACACAUUGUCAGCCUUUUGUGUGCAGCUGUUCAGAAACAGAAGAGUUAGCUUCCACAAACACAUACAGUACACACAGUCACACACAGUUGCGGCAAUAUCCCGCCUUUGCUGGGUUCUGUUUAAAAAGCAAGGGCCUAUUAAAAAAAGGCUUCUGUUAUAGCUCUAAUGCACCAAUUUUGUGAGAUCUCUGUGUGAAAGAGGCAUCAUUUUCUCAUUUGUCUUGCGAGAGAAGUGGAAAGGAAUUUGCUCAAGAUUUUGGACUUCCUCCUUUGAUUUAAAUGUGUGUGUGCGUGUGUGUGCGUGUCACUGUCACUGCAGUACAUCACAUCCAGUAAUAGCUUUAUGUGCGGGCCACUGUACAGCACUGCUAUGACACUUAUGAAGACAAACAAGAGAAGAGGCCAAGAUGGUGUUGAGCACUAAUGCUCGUCACGGCAAAGACAACUUUCAGAGGCAACAUGUUACAUGACAAUGAUGUUCUGAUUGGAGGUUGCAUCGGACUCGCAUAAGCACAGAGAAUCAGUGCUAGACAAAUGAGUAUUAUGGAGGAUUCUGCCUGAGAUGCAUGCAAUGAAUGCAGCACAUGUGAUUCUCUCCACGGUGCCCUCGUCCCGCAGGCUGUAAGUUGUUUACAAGUGUACCUGUCCAUGUGUUUACUGACUGAAAGAAAGAUAUGCCUCAAGACUCAAGCUGGUCGGACUGCUGCAUGGACCGUGAUCACGUCAGCUUUGCUGACAUAUGCCCAGUGUCAGGUCUACUCCAGGGGAUCAAGUGCAAUAAUACCUCAGUCUCAGUGUUGGAGGCGCUAACUGUCCAUCAAGUUAACAAGGGACAAGUCUUUAAAUAUUAUCUAUGAGAGGGACCUCAAGAAAACAAACAUUUUUGCAGUUCAUUUUUGAUACAAAGUGUUUCUCUCCCAGGGACCGAGGCCAGUGGAACAACUGUAGAUAGAACAGUGUGUGUUGAUGUUUUAUUUAUUAACUAUCAUAGUUAUUUAUGUAAGAAAACAAAUCUUUAUUGUCAACGUGUUUGAACAUAUUUCAAUAUUUUUAUUGUAAUGUUAUUUUUUUUUUAUAUUCAAGAUUGAUGCACAUAUGUUACCUGGAAGCUGGUGGUUUACUUUAAUUUACCCUUUUUUUUAAGUGAAUACAAAUUGUGAAUAUUCUUGUCUCUUUAAAGGCUGAAUUAAAUGUUACUGUAGUUUUGUGCCACAUGCUGUGUACGUAUUAACUUUGUUGGCAUUCCUCAUAUAACAGGGUGCGGUUUCAAGUUUGAUUCUGUU